GCGGUCACACUGCUUUUCAUCUGUCAGCAUUUAUAACAAAUUUAUACAAAACAAAAAUUAGUAAAUAAAAAGCAAGCAAACAAACAUGUUGUAUCUCGAGGAUUAUUUGGAGAUGAUUGAGCAUCUGCCACAGGAGCUGCGCGACCGUUUCACAGAAAUGCGUGAAUUGGAUUUAGCGGUCCAAAACAACAUGGACUCGUUGGACAAAAAGUCGCGUUUGUUCUUUCAGCAAUGCAAACGCGGCGAACUCCAACACGAAUCGAUGGACACCGAGUUUCACGGUUUGCGCGGCGAAUACUUUAAAGUAAUGGAGGACGCCGACGAGAAGGUGGCAAUUGCCACACAAAUCCACGAACUAGUCGAACGCUACCUGCGUCGCUUGGAUAGCGAACUCUUUAAGUUCAAGUGCGAACUAGAGGCAGACAACAAUGGCAUCACUGAAAUUCUCGAGAAGCGUUCCCUUGAGCUCGAUGGCAACAAUUCGACAGCGGCCACAGCAUUGUUGCUGAGUAUGAAUCAGAAGGAGAAUCGUUAUUACAACACCAACAACAGCUGCUUGGCUGUCAACAACAAUUCCGCUGGUCUCAUCAACAGUGCUGGCAACAACAGCAGCAACAAUAAUAGCGGCGGCCCCAACAGCAACAACAACAGUGGCAACAACAGCUUGCUCGUGAAUAAUGCCGGACUCAAUAGCAUGUCUAGCAACAGCAGCUCAGGUGGCCAUCACCAUGGUCACCAUCAACGACAUCGCAAGCUGGAGAAACGUCGCGAAACCAUUUGCACGGUGCCCGUGCAAGAGAAGCGUGCGAAUCUCAAUCACUCGCUGCCCGUUGCCGCCAACAAUGCAAGCAACAACAGCAACCUGCUUAAUCCCGUUAUGGGCAAUCAUGUAAACAGCAGCACCAACAACAGCGGCGGUGGCAAUCUGGCCACACAUGUCAGCUUGCCUGUUGUCGGUAGCGGUGGCAACAAUGCUGCCGCCGUCUCGGCAGCUGUUGCCGCUGUUGGCAACGUUGUGCGCCAACAGCAGUUGCCCACGCAGCUCGGCGCACACAAUGUGCUGGGUAACAAUGCCAACAAUGUUGCGGCCGCUGCCGCCGCCGCUGCAGCAGCUGCUGCUGGGGUUGCGGUGGGCAAUAAUAGCAAUGUUGGCGGCGUCACAGGUGCUGGUGGCGCUGCUGUUCCGGGCAGUAACAUGGUCAGCUAUAAUCUACAACAGUUGGGCGGCGGGGCAGCUGCCUCGAGUGCCAUUGCAGCGGCGGCAAGCCAAGCGAUUGUGGCCACCCAACAAAUGCCGCAAGGCAGACGCACCGCGAGCCUGAAGGCAAGCUAUGAGGCGAUUCAUGGCACUACGGUGGCAAAUAACCCAGAGUUUUGGUCCGCGGCGGCGGCGCACAAUAGCAGCAUGCAGCCAGCGACUGGGACGCUGGGCAAUAAUGCACAUUCGCAGCAGCAGCAGCAGCAUCAUCACCACCAGCAGCAACAACAGCAGCAGCAUCAACAACAGCAGCAACAUCAACAGCACCAGCAUCAUCAUCAUCACCAACAUCAUCAACACCAUCAGGAGAAGAAGCACAAGAAAAAACUGAACAGCAGCAUUUCGAUGCCAGGAGGAAUCGCGGUGCAAUCGCUGGGCGGCUCUUCGUCGGGAAAUUCCAUUGCCUCCUCAUCGUCCUCGAUGAGCGUCGACUCUGUGGACAUGUUGUCCUCGGCAGCCGCCGCAGCAGCUGCUGCCGCCGCCUCAUCCUCAUCGACAGCUGCCGCGGCUUUACAACACGCUAAUCUCACUGGUCAUGGACUCGCACUGAAUGCAACAGGUAAUCAAUUGACCAACGCAGGCGGCAAUCAUGUAUCGGCUGCUGUGGCAGCCAAUGUUGCAGCUGCUGCGCCCGUUGGCAAUUUGCCCACAGUGAACAGCGUGGCAGGCACAUCGGGCCUGGGAGGAUUGCCCAACGCGGGCUUGGCACCGGGUGCCAAUCUCACGAUCAGCGAGAGCGGUUUGGUAGUGGAGCAAACGAACGAGGGCGAAUGGUCAUAUGAUCCGAAUGAACCGCGCUAUUGCACCUGCAAUCAGGUGUCCUAUGGCGACAUGGUUGCCUGCGACAACGAUGCCUGUCCCUACGAAUGGUUCCAUUAUCAGUGCGUGGGCAUCACACAGCCGCCCAAGGGCAAAUGGUAUUGCCCCAAGUGCACAGCGUCGAUGCGGCGUCGCGGCAAUCGAAAGAACUGAUGCCCAAUGCGACCAGCGACAUUUGAUGGAUGAGCAACAACAACGUUUUGGAGAAUUCCCCCCGCUUAAAUAUUAUUCAGUAAAUCAUUAAUGAAUAGCUUACAUCGUUUGAUGAAUACAUAUAUUAUGUAUUUGCAAUCAUUAAUAAAUAUGCAGAAUAGUUUCAAUUGCAUUUGUCGCAUGCGAGACAAGAGCUGCUUCUAAUGCUACUUUCAUGUAAACUUGCUAACUGCUAAUUAAUUAAUCGUAUAUAUAGAGUACAUAUAUUAUGUAUUUUAAAUAAUAAUAAAUACAAUUUAAAAUUA